CUUAUUAGUCCAUUCGUCUCUCCUUCUCGAAGCGCGCUGCAUUAUUAUUUCCCUCGACUGAGCGUGGCGGCGGUCUCAGCAAUACGCGUGCCCGGUGCAGCCGCUCCGGUCGCGACUCCGUUCUGGGUGGCGCGCGGACCCUCACCGUGCCAGUGCAUGCGUGCGCACCUGCCGGGUAGAGUUCCGUUGCAAUCGUUGGAGACUUGGAGUCCGACGACACGGCGCUCUGCGAAAAGGGUCGCGCUCUGCGAAACGCCUUCUCUACGAUUAUUCUAGAUCAUGGAAGCGCCCAGCACGCCCAUGUCGCCCGUCGCGGCGGCCAUGUCGCAAGGUAAAGGUAACGAUGGCGAAAAGUCAAAACGGCGACGGCAACCACGAAACAGCGCCUGCAUGGGCUGCGCGCAGCUGAAGAUGAAGUGUAUCCAAACCCCAAAUGGCAAAUGCGAAAGAUGCAAUCGCAUGGACAGGGAAUGCGUGCCUGCUGUCCCCAAACCGCGCAAACGACGUACGCAGAGCAACGUAGGCGAGUCAGACGGCAUACCGCUCCUCGAGUUUGCAGCGCCCUCAUCAUCACCAGCUGGCCCUCCGCCCACCUUCGAUCCUCCCGACCUGCAACAACCAGCCCACCAGGCCGAGAGAGGAGCACUCCUCGCUCGACACGAUCUCUCGCAUACCCACAGCACCUCAUUCACCGCGCUUUUCACACGAGGCCUUGGCAACGUUUCCGCCAAUGAAGAAUUACUGCGUGGGGUAGAUUACAACUUCGUCGCCACCUCCUUCACCGUCUUUCGCCAGCUCACACCCUCCUUUCCCUUCGUCGAAAUCGUGCCAGCUGCAGAUGUGAUUGCUAUGGUGACCAGUCGACCGGUGCUCACCCUGGCGGUGUGUACCGUAGCCUCAGCAGCUGCACCCGAAGUUCAGGGUCGCCUGGCUCAAGCUUUCCGCUAUACGCUGUCCUCUAAAGUCAUUCUGGGAAGCGAGCGCAGCCUCGACCUUCUCACUGGCCUCCUGGUGCUCCUUGGCUUUCAUCACCAAUACAUGUCGCAGCACCACAUCUAUCAGCAACUUUCUCUUCUCGCAGGCAUGGCUGCCGACCUCGGACUGUACAAUCUGUGGCCAGAGCCACCGGAUUUGGCAAGCGCAUUGGAGCGGAAUCGCGCGUUCGUCGGGUGCUACUAUCUCUGCUGCUGCGUAUCGGCCACUGGCUUCGAUAAACCAAGUCCACUUCGUUGGACCAGCAACUUCCGCCGCUGCGCAGAAAUGGUUGCAAAUUCAGGAUCAUUACCAUCAGAUCGCGGCUUGGUAGCUUUGCUGGAGCUUGCUCAUGCCAUAGACGAUACGGAAGACAGUCUGCGAGAGAUUUCGGAACAGCAACGCCCGAUUCCUGUCGCCUUCGUCGAUUUCCAGAUCAAAGCUGCCACUCAACGUCUGAAAGCGCUGAAGCGAGAACAUCAGUCGCUGAGUGGAUCUCUUGUUUUCACAGCAGCAACCAUUCACAUACACCAGAGGCGCAUACGAGUUGGCGAAGCCCCGGACCACGGCACGCUAAUCCAAUGUGCGUGCGCUAUCAAGGAAUACGUGGAUGAUGUUCUGGCGCGUCCCCCUGUCACAUUGCACCGCUUUUCGAUCGUGGACUGGAGUAGCCUCCUCGAGAUUCUGAUCCUGAUGGCUCGAGUAUCUAAGCCUUUACCUACAGCCACUGGCUGGGAGUCGGGCGCCAUCACUGAGAUGCUCAAACCUGGAGCUUUCUUGGACUCCCUUGUGUCUCACAUGGCUGCUGCCCCAUUCAAUGAUCCUCUCUCUCCUCGCAGCGAGACGCUCAUACGACUGCUGAAGAACGCAAGCGAGAGCAUCAAGAGGCAAAUUCUAUUCAAAGGUACCCCAAGCCAGGCUGACGAGGGUAAUUUCAGACCGGUGAACGAGCAACUUGGACCUCACACAACCCCAAGACCCGACUUUCUCAGCACUGGCGUACUAGACUCCACGAUAUGGCAGACUUUGACUGGAUAGAGAAAGAUGAUCGGAUGGGCCUGGAUGAUCUGAACAAGUCCAUGGAAAUCACGAGUUGCUCCGAGUGAAGCUGCUUCUUGCAUGCAUGUUUCACUGCGAUACAUUGGAAUUUGGGAGGGGUGUACUUCACGUCCAUGCGUUUAUCCACCACCACGAACUGCGAAACGAUCCACUGAGAGCCCAGCGCUCGAACAAGACGUCCCACUCCUCAUAGAGAUCUGGGCAUUCCACCUCAUAUCGCUUCCGCCGAAGAUAUGCAACUCGCAGAUCCAUGAGCCAUCAUUGGCUGACUAAGGCCUGGGAAUCAGCCGCCGAGAAAUGUCGACGAAGUUUUUCGCAGCCAAAUACACUCAAUAGCCUCUGCACCGGGAACCAAUAAAGCUCGGUUGUUCACAACACUUCGUCUGAAUCGAUUCGCCCCGAGAGUAAGGUCUCCGUAUUUGCAUGUAAGAGAUCUCGUCCGAAAGCUCUCGACGCACUCGGAGGAGCUCAGCCAUCCGCACUUGCCUCGAUGAUAUGAAGCUUUUAUCCAUCCCGCCGCGCUGCGAUCUGAUCGAACACCAUCUUCAUAGCACCUUUCUGGAUAUCGACAAGCACAGUCUCAUGGUUGGUGCCUGGAAAUUCUCUGCUCUCGACACGGAUUCCGUCGUAUAAAGCCUCCUGCUUCCAGCACUGUUCGAAAUACUCCUUUCCAGUCCUGCCAAUCAUCAUGUCAUCUUGAGCGAAACAUAAUUGCAGUCUCAAAAUUGAUGAAUGUUGCGCUUCC